AUGGUCAACCGCAAAUCCACCAACCUGCAGGCCCCCGAGGCGACCGGUUCCACAUCUGGCAGUCGCAAGACUCCUGCCAACAACCGCGGGACAUCGGCACUUCGUGGUAGCCAAGCAGAGCUGAAAGACAUGCUCCCGGAUGAACGAGACAUGGAGGAGGACAGGCAAAAGCGCAUUCGUACGGCUGAGAAGGAAACUGCCAAGUACGGACCAACACCCGAGGACCGACGUGCGAACCAACACAAGUACAUCGACGACAAGAAGACAGGUCAAAUCGCCGAGAAGCCGGACAUCAGCAAGCGCAACGAAUCCAAGAUUGACAAGGAGAACAAGAAGAACCUCGACAAGGGCGACCUGGUCGAGAUCAUUCGCGGACAUCUCAACCUCCAGGCUGACGAGCGCUCAGACAAGUACAUCCAUCACGAGUUGUACCGUCCUAGAGAGACUCUGUGGUAUAAUGUAGAUCCACUCCACCAGUUUCUGACCCACGAGCUUCACAAGUUUGUUGAGCUCUUCGAGUUGCUUCCAGGCGACCCACUGCUCGCAAUCGGAUUCCUCUAUCGCGCGAUACAGAAGCGCAACUUCAACCACAGCAUCCAGGUCAUCAUCGACUCAGGCGACAUUUCUCGCUACAUCAAUUUCAAGGAUAUCGAGACCGCCCUGACCGACGUCAACAAGGCUGCUGAUAGCAUAAGGGGAGAGGUGCGAGGCGAAGUCGAGAAGAUGCGCGGCACAUCCCGCCUGCUCAACAAGAGUACAAUGGCUACGAACAACAUGAACUUCGCCCUUGCGGAAAUGGAGGGAGUCCAUCACUCUGGCAAGAUUUUCAGCCAAGCUCGUUCCACCAACGCCAUGCAAGAUCCAGAAGACGCUGAGGACCCGGGUGACCAUGAGAUCUCACAGCCGGGUGACAGUGAUGACAGCAGCGACGACGACGGGCCACGAGCGACAUUGAGUCGCGGCGACAAGAAGGUCAAGAAGGCUAGAAUCGCCAAGAAGCCGGUCAAGCAGAGCAAGAAGACUGCAAUAAGCAUGGAGGCCGUCAAGAUCGUCGCCGGUCAGCCAGAACGCAAGGCCGUGGGCGAAACCUACAACAACGGCCUCGUGGACAUACGCAACGGCUUGUAUCUUCCACCCAACCCACCCAAGGUCAACGGUCCGCUCGGCGGCAACAGUACCAUGAGCGGUGCUUCCGACCCAGCGCUUAACAGCGAAACCGGCACUACUGCUGGGAAAGGCAUCACCAUCAGCAAAAUCAAGGGCGCGCUUACCGCCAGCAUUCUAGCUCAACGUGGCAACGAGACCGUCACUGGUGGGCCCAAGGCGAAGGACAGCGAGGCCCAGACUGCAAAGACCGGCAAAUUGAAGGCAGGCAGCGCGAAGGCCAACGGAGUGGGGGCCAACACCGCGGAGUCCAGCUCAACUCCACCUAAUGGUCUGAAGAACAUCCUGCUCAUUCGACCAAAGGUGCUGCCAGGCAAGAAGAUCCGCUAA